CCCGGCGGCGUAGCGCCUCACGACGAGAGCGCCACCUCGCGGCCUGAGACGCAUAAAGUACCAACGAUGUGGCCGUCUCAGCCACCUUCACCUGAGCCGGGGCUGCCACCGUCGGAGCGAGAUGAGGUGACGACGAAGCAUCGAGCUACGCUGUCACAAACCGCUGCUUUCACCACGCCAAGAACAACGACGACAACAAAGUUUACCAGAGUGCUGCCCACUCAAUCGGAUCCCUUUCCUGACUACCAGCUCCUCUGCACCGUGAGCAGCAAGUUCACCUCACAGAGCGCUUAUCCAACUGAAGGCUUGUGUGACUUCGUCUUCUACGAGUCUCUGUACAGUGGUCAGAAAAACAGGCUCGGCGGCCCCUACGACGAUGGAUUCAACCACUUCUUGGAGGGAUGGGAGAACACGGAACUCGGAGUCUCGUUCUCCCCCGAGAACCAUACUGUUUUCGAAGACGCUACGACCUCUAACUUCAGGACGAGCAUCCGUAAACUGCUGUAUCGUGGAGUGAGUCAUUUUGGAACACUUAAUUUGCAUGGAGUUUACACCGAAGAACGGACCCUGAGGAAAUCUCUUCGGCUUCUGCAGCUCUGCGUCGACGAUUAUGAGCCAUGGCAGUACACCCUGUAUGCAGACGCGGUGCACACCUACAGCACUUCCCUCAACACCACUGCGACUUUCGAGAACAACGUCGUUCUGGAAAAAAUGGUGUGCGGCUUGGCCAGCUUAUUCAAGGAUUGGCCGCUUAGCAUAGCCGCCUUUGACGUUGAGUAUGACGCCAGCUCCCUCGAGUGCCGGAAGUUCAACAUAAGUGGCGGCGCCUUCAGUCGCCUCGACAGACUCGCAAAGCUCGUGGACUACCAAAGGGAUCACCACGGUGAAGCUGUCGUCUAUGAGAACUGCUUAAAAGGUUCACGGCAAAUACAAUAGAACCCAUUUGAGACCUUACCAGAA